AUUUGCGGUGGCACAGAUCGGAGCGUGCGGCGUUUUUCGACAGUCCGGUUCAACCGAAGGAAGUUUAGUUCUCUAGUGCUGUUCUUCGUCGGCCGUGUCCAGCUUCCAGCAGUAAUUGCAGCAGCAAUCGUUUAGAGAUUGCCAAACGCUCACAAAAGCAUCGGUGCCACCAACUGCCGUUUUAGGAACGAAUAGACAACAUGACGACCGGAGCUAAAACUAGCGAAUCGGAGUGCGAGGUGCCGGAUUUUGUUGACUCGCCCGGGUACCUCGAUCCGACUUCCCGGCGCUACAUGAUGAAACAAUUCAUUAGCGCGCUGCCGGAGGAGGCGCAGAAGCGUAUAAACGCCCUGAAGCACCUUCAGAUGGAGUACACAAAGCUGGAGGCAAAGUUCUUCGAAGAGGUCUACCAGGUGGAGUGCAAAUACCAGCAGCUCUACCAGCCGAUCGUCGAUCGGCGGAAGGAGAUCGUGAGUGGUUCCGCCGCCCCGACGGAGCAGGAGGCCGUUUGGGUCGAUCCGCCCCGGAAGGAAGAGGAUGGCGAGGACGAAGAGGAGUUGGAGGACGAAGAGAUCAACGAGAAGCUGCGCAAGAUGGCGCUCAACUAUCACAAGGAUCUGCCGCAGAACGGGCAGGGCAUCCCGAACUUUUGGCUGAUGGUGUUCAAGAACACGGAAGCCAUGGCCGAACUGAUCCAUCCGCACGACGAACCGAUCCUGGAGCAUCUGCGUAAUCUGAACAUCGUGUACGAGAACGACCCGAUGGCGUACAUCAUCGAAUUCCACUUCCACCCGAACCAGUACUUCAAGGACACGGUGCUGACGAAGAAGUACUUCCUGCGCUGCAACGUCGACACCGAGGAACCAUUCAGCUUCGAGGGACCGGAAAUUCACAAGUGCACCGGUUGCCCGAUCAACUGGUACCCGGGCAAAAACGUGACGGUGAAGACGAUCAAGAAGCAACAGAAGCACAAGCAGCGCGGUGCCAUCCGCACCAUCACGAAAACGCAGCCCACGGAGUCGUUCUUCAACUUCUUCUCGCCACCGCGCGUCCAGGAGGACGACAAGGUCGACCCGGAGACGCAGUUCCUCAUCGGGCGCGACUUUGAGGUUGGCCACUUCCUGCGGGCCCGCAUCAUUCCGAAGGCCGUCCUUUACUACACCGGCGAGGUGUUGGACGACGACGAUGAAGACGACGACGAGGAGGAGGAAGAGGAAGAGGAGCUGGACGAAGAGGGCGAAGAGGAGGGCGAGGAAGAGGAGGAGGAAGAAGGGGAUGAUGGUGGUAACGAUGGGGCGGCCGAGAGCAACAACGCUGCGGCACCGGCCAACCGGCCUAAGCAGACGAAACGGCGCAGCGGUGGUGGUGGCGGUGGCAAAAAGAAAGAUGCUCAAAAUCCGGCCGAGUGCCAGCAGCAGUAGUAAACCAAGGGGGAAGGCGGAGCAUCAGGGGUAGGUUAUGAAGGAAAGGAAGAGCCGCACUGUGUGUCCGGUCAAAGUUCAGUGGACAGCAGUGGACUCCCAAACCGGAAAGUGCGAGAGAGAAAUGACGGGUUAAAGAAUAAAUUCCUCCCUAUCCGGUUCGCGGAAAGUGAAAUUCAUAACCUUUUUUAACGCAAACCAUAUAAACAUUACAAUUGCGAAAAGGAGUGGCGAGAGAAACAAUAUAGGUAGCGGAAAGGUGCACGCGGAGAGCACAUAGCCAAGAGCUCAGAAGGAAACGCGAUCGCUGGUCGAAGUAGUAGGACUUUGCAGAGGGUCAUCCCGCGCAUCUCGCUCGCAGCAUGUAAGACGAGUCUUUCUAAUUCCGUUUUUAAGGAUCCCGGUUCGCGGUUUCUCGUAAAAGCCCGUAUCCAAUAGCAACCGCACACACUCAGCUCCGUAGCCUCUAUUACUCUCUGGCGACCGGAACCACAUCAGCAGCCAGUUUCCCCAUUAUUCAUUUGUCUCCGUUUCUAUUUUGCUUUGUGCUCGGAACGAUGCUCUUCGGUAUAAGAGGCACACACAACAAGUUCUCGUAUUUCCGUCUUCAAGAGCUGGAAACGACUAACAUUAUACACUAAUAAAAAAAAAGGAACAUGUAUUUAUGUCAUUGGAAACAUCCGCUUUGUAGUGAUUUCUUUACUCCGGCGUGUGGUGUAAAUCGCGGAGUCUGCUGAAUGAAGGUUGUAUCUGGCACUGCUCAUUGCUUCAAACUCAUUAGAAUAAGGAACCUGAGAUACGCAAGCGAAGAACAUCACAACGAAGUUUGUAAUACAGGAAUUAGACAGCUUUCUAUCAUAUCGCGUUAUGUUAAAAAAUGGUUUAGUGUUGAAAGGGUACAAGGAGAGAGUCGGUAAAUGAAGCAAAAGU